ACCUAGAGAUUCAUUUUCCUGCAGGCCUUACGGAGUAAAUACAAAGAAAACCAAUAGAAUCAGUGAGACUGCACCCAACUAGAUGGACAAACACCAAUGUGGAAAAGACUAUUAAACUGAGAAUUUGUGAAAAAAAGAGGGGCAAAAAACAGGCAAUAAACAUCGAGAUCAUGAGAUGAAGAGUCCUUAAGAGUGAGUCUAUAGGUUGUGGGAACAGUUCAGUGAUGGGGGCUAAGACAGUGCAAAUGGAAAAAAUUAAAGCUCGGUUGAAAGCUGAGUUUGAUGCACUGGAAUCUGAAGAAAGGCACUUGAAAGACUAUAAGCAUGAAAUGGAUCUCUUGCUCCAGGAGAAGAUGGCUCAUGUCGAGGAGCUCCGGCUGAUCCAUGCAGAUAUCAAUGUGAUGGAAAAUACAAUAAAACAAUCUGAAAAUGACUUGAACAAACUUCUUGAAUCUACACGGCGUCUGCAUGAGGAAUACAAGCCCCUUAAAGAACAUGUGGAUGCCUUGAGAAUGACUCUAGGUCUGCAGCGAUUACCAGACUUGUGUGAGGAAGAAGAAAAGCUUUCUCUUGAUUACUUUGAGAAGCAGAAAGCAGAAUGGCAGACAGAACCUCAGGAGCCACCAAUACCAGAGUCACUUGCGGCGGCCGCUGCCGCUGCCCAGCAGCUACAGGUGGCCAGGAAACAGGAUGCUCGGCAAACAGCCACGUUCCGGCAGCAACCCCCUCCCAUGAAGGCUUGCUUGUCUUGUCAUCAGCAAAUCCAUCGGAAUGCUCCCAUCUGUCCUCUCUGCAAAGCAAAAAGCCGGUCCCGUAAUCCCAAGAAACCCAAGAGAAAACAAGACGAAUAAAAACUCGAUAGAAAUGUGCACAAAAUGACUUAAGUUUAAAUGUGGCAAUGUUAUUUGUGGAAACUGAAGUGUUAUUAUGUAGUUAUUUUAUAUUCUCAUGUGUUGUAAGCACAAGUUGUAUUUUAAUUUUUAGAAAAUGAAUCUUAUGCCCGUGCAACUUAUCGAUAAAAUGUGUUUCAAAUAGUGUGGAAUAGAAUUUCAGAUUGUUUAAUUAUGAACGCAUAGAUAUUUAAUUGACAGAAGAAAAAGUAUUACAAGUAGUGUUAUGGUAAAAUAGUCAGCCUGAACUAUUAGAAAAAUGGUACACCUGGUUAUGUUUAGCUUGUAGAUUUUAAUCCUCUCAAAAUUAGAUGUUGAAAUUGAGUAAGUCAGUUAAAUUAAUCAUAUUGAUAGCUGUAUUAUUUAUCACUUUUUUGGGGAAGGAAAAGCAUUUGUUGCUACAAACAAAUCAUAAGCUAUUUUGAUAUGUUUAUUCCUUAUUGGGAACACCUCCAUGAAUGAUGGUGCUGCCUCUUGCCAAAUGAAGUAGUGGGUACGAUCAGACCGUUUGAUGGUGCAUUGUCAUGGCUGAAUUGGUUUCUGUUCAGAUGGUUACUCUGCUGGAUGUAGGACCGUCAGUGCUUUCUCCAUUCCUUAGCCAUGGAGUGGUGAGGCCAGCUAGCACCCUCUGAGGUAAGAGAUCGUCCCAUAGAUGAGAACCAAACCUCAACCAGUUUCAGUUAUAGAUGCACCUUCCCUAAUGGUGGGAUUCAUGAAGCACCAGCAGGAAGAUGCUUUACAGCAGGAAAUGUUUCCCCAUGUUCACCAGGUGAGACCGUGUGCUCUGAAUAAUGGCUAGGAACUAGCGCAGACUGACUACUGCACAAACAUUAUUAAGAUUAUUUUGUUUUAUGGUGUUAAACUUAGAACUUGCGCAGUGCCAUGUUACCAGAUAAUUGCCUAAAGUUCUUCUUAAAUUAAUGUGACCAGUUGUGGUUCAAAGAUUAAUCCCUCAAGUCGAGUAUGAUGUUCCGCUAAGGGGCUGUCUAUUGUUGAGUCUGCAGGUGGCUGUAGAGGCCAGUGCAGGAUCCACAUGUUCUGAUGCAGUGUGAGCAAGGGUAAGUGGUGGCUGUGGUUAGUGGCUGGCUCUUUUGGUUACUCAGUCUCUCCAUUCCCAGCUGAUGCUUGUUGUGUGCGACACAACGUAGGUCGUUCUCUGUAGCACAGGCCCCUCUUGAACAGAUUUCCUCCAGGUGUAUCUAUUCAGUGCAACGUCUUCCCAGUUUUUAGAUGUAAAGUUGUGUUUCUUCAGGCUAUAUCUAAAUCUUACAUCCAUCCCACAACAUGAGGGAGUAAAAAUCUUAGCGUUAUGACUCCGUUGCAAUGUCCAGACAAGUGAAUUUAAAGGUCUAAUGGCUUGUAGAAAGAAGCUGUCCCUUAGCCUGUUAGUUCUGGAUUUAAUGCUGUGGUAGCAUUUGCCAGACGGAAGUAGCUGAAACAGUUUAUGGUUGGGGUGACUGGUGUCCCCGAUGAUCUUCCAGGCCUUCUCUCUGCACUUGCUACUAUAAAUGCCCCUAAUGGAGAGAAGUUCACAUCCACUGAUGCGCUGGGCCAUCCGUACCACUCUCUGCAUUCAGCGCCCAGCGAUCGAGGUUGGUGCAGUUCCCAGACCAGGCGGCGAUGCAGCCAGUCAGGACGCUCUCGGUGCCGCUGUGGAAGGUCCUGAGGGUUUGAUGGCCCAUGCUGAACUGAAUUGUUUCCUUUGUUCACCAGGGCUUGCCGAUUUUCCUGCAACUGGGAGAUUGGGGAGAUGUGAGCUGGGCGUCCGGGUGACAUGGAGAUUUUGUUUGUGUUGGCCUCCUCCAGUACACUGGUGUGUCUAUCCUUCCAGCUGAUCUUCCGAGUCUCUUGUGAGGAUCUGUGGUGGUAUUUGUUCCAGGGCUUUCAGGUACUACUGUAGGGUCUAAUCUAAUCUAGUUAAACAUAUUAUCACCGCUGUGAAAGUUGUCUUCUUAAAGUUGAGAUAUAGGAUCAAGAUGAUGCAAAAAUCCCAGGAAAGAUCACUUACUCCUCAUUGCUUUUUGUAGGCAUCUGCAGUGUGAAAGUUAAUGUUACAUUUUAUAGGUUCCAAUAGUGGUUUUUCCUCAACAGUUUUACUUUCUGUGAAACGUUUUAGGAUAUCCUCAACCCAUGAAAGUGCUUUAUUGAAAAUGUACUCUUGAUUCAUAUUUUAAAUGCGAGUAGGAAAUUAUGAUACGAAUUCCUGAUUUAUGAUCAUACUGCACAUCAUAAUUCAGUGAAACCAAAUAGAUUCAGAACAUGAAAGAAAUGAUUCCAAAGUUUGUAAUUGGAAUGUGCCUUUUUAUCACAGAGAAACACUAAUGUUUAUCUGUAUUUUGAAGGCAUUUAUCCAAAUUCCAUAUUCAAAGCUCAUUUGUAAAUAUUUUGUGGUUCAAAAUUGUUUUUUUUUAACUAAAUAAAACCCAGAUGAUUCAAUUA